CACAACGGGGAGGUCUUGGAUCUUGGAUUCGCACCAGACGGACGACACCUCGCGUCUGCAGGUGCAGAUGGAGAAGUCGCAAUCUGGGACAUCAGCGGCGGCAGCUCAUACAAAGUUGCCACCCUCGAAGGCCACACUGCUUCCAUGUCCCCAGGCUGCGCGUGGUCCAGCAGCGGUGCUCGCAUCGCAUCCCGCGACCCCGACGGUACUGUGCUACUAAUCCGUGUUUGGGACAUAGCAACUCAGCAGGAGUAUCCGCUCUGUGAGGCGCACGGAGGCUGGCUCAACACUGUCGUGUUUUCCCCGGAUGGUCGGCUGCUGCUCUCGGCGUCACGGGCCACGGUACAGAUACGGGAUGCACGCGCCGGUGCCAUGGACCAGUCGUUUGACGGACACGAGACGUUGGUGCACCAGGCAUGCUUCUCCCCGUGCGGGAGGUUUAUCGCCUCUGCAUCUUCUGACCGCACGGUGAGGGUGUGGAGGACGAGCGACGGAUCGUGCUUGGCAACGCUCUCCGACCACGGCGGCUAG